CUUAAGCACGAGCAAGUGUGGCCAUCAAGCACUCUGGGAUUUAGUGGGCUGUACUGUGCAGGACAGAAACUUUAGGGGAAGAGAGGUGGUCGUGCGCGAGCUAUCGUGCCUGCGAGAGGGCUCUAUUGUAGUCUGUGUGUGCUUAUCCUUUCUCUACGCACGACGAGCAGUUGCUGAGUACGUGAGGAGCGACAAUGACGUCGGCUAGCUGUUUGUUGAUGAUCGUGAUGUUUGCGGCUAUGGCGGCCGCCGGUGUGCACAACGUUGAGGCUGCAGGCCCUCGCCGGCUGCUUGGCCCCGUGACAGUUACUCUCGGCGCUGUGAAGAUCAGGAAGGUGACCGUUGCUGGGUCGGGAUGUCCUUAUGAGACACCGUUAGUCAGCAUCUCUGCUGAUAACCAGGCCGUCACCAUUCCGUUUCUGGACUACCAGGUGGCCGUUCCAGCGGCGCUGAAGGACCGUCAGAAGUCGUGCAUCAUCACCGUCGACCUCGAUUAUCCUGCUGGCUGGACGUACGUGGCCAGCAAGUGGACCUACCAGGGAUGGGUGGAGCUGCAGAAGGGUUUAGUCGCUUAUCAAUCGGCCAAGUACUAUUACCAAGGAGGACAGCCGGCUUGCGAGCGCAUUGCCAAGUGGGAUGCUCUGAAGAAGCCCAUCGCUGGUAGGUCGUACACCAUUCAGGAGGUUUGUCCGGAGGGCAUCUCGUUCAGCCCUUGCGGAGAAGUGAGGGGCCUGAACAUCUUGACCAGAAUGUGGAUCGACAACAAGAAGAACUACAACGCUGAGGGUGUGAUCAAAGCCGAGGUCAUCGACGGCGAAGUCAAGUCCUGGAACCUGUUUGUCGUCCACCUGUACUGGCAAUGGUGUUACUGAGGAAGAGAGUUGAGCAGUACUCAGUAACUUAGAGCAGUUGGAACCAUGGUCUAUGUUCCAGUCUGUCCUGCUCGGGCGCUACCCGGUCUAUGUACUUAGAGCAGUUGGAACCAUGGUCUAAGUUCCAGUCUGUCCUGCUCGGGCGCUACCCGGUCUAUGUACUCAGAGCAGUUGGAACCAUGGUCUAUGUUCGAGUCUCUCCUGCUCGGACGCUACCUGGUCGAGCUUUUGUGAUCGUUUGGAGUCCAAGCUUAUGGCUGGACGGGUGUUAGGCUUGUCUUGAAGAGAGAGAGGGAGAGAGAGAGAGAGAGAGAG